CACUGACGAAAAAGGCUGUGCUGCUGCUGAGAGGAGUCAGAGCAGGAGGAGCUGCCACAGCACUCGCUGCCCUCUCCGGACUAUGAGAGCCGCACACCGCAUCUAGUACCCGCUGCCUGACACCGGAGGACGGCCAAGGACUGUGAAAUCUACUCGGUCGCCAUGAGUGGGUUACUGAAACGCAAAUAUGAAGCCCUGGAAGAUGACUUCACCUACUCCUCUUCCUCUUCAUCCCCUUCAUCAUCGGCCACCUCUUCUGGAGGGGAAUCUGAUGACGACUUUAGCUACAGCCCUAGGCCGCUUCUGAGCAACUUCACACCGAUAUCCAUCCUAAAAAAGGCAAAGCGGGCGAAGAAGAACAAGGUCCAGUUUGAUCGGGUGAUAGUCUUCUACUUCCAACGAUGCCAAGGUUUCACCAGCGUGCCAAGUCGGGGCGGAUGCACACUGGGAAUGCGGAGAAAACACAGCUACAGCAGGCAGUUCACAUUGGAAGAGUUUUCCAGGGAACAGUUGACCCGUCGUAGGGAGAAACUAAAAGAGCGUUUGAAAGAAGAGAAGCUCUUGGCUUUAAAGAAUACGUUUACAAAGAAUGGUACAAUAGAGUCAGAAAAGGCCAAUAACCUCAGCAUUGAUGACAUCUGCGAUGAAGAUAUUGACAUGACCAACGCAGAAAUCGAAGAUGGUUUCAGUCCACGAAUGUACCCUGCCAAGAAACGACGGGCACUGCUCAAGAGAGAAGGCGUGAAGAAGAUUGACAAAAGUGAGAAGCAUGAACUUAAUGAAAUCCGGAAGUCAAGAGAACAAUGUGGCUGCGAUUGCCAAGACUUCUGUGAACCGGAGACUUGCAGUUGUAAUUUGGCAGGCAUCAAAUGCCAGAGAGAUCAUUCAACUUUCCCAUGUGGAUGCACCAAGGAUGGAUGCGGAAACCCAAAUGGAAGAGUAGAAUUCAAUUCAUCCAGGGUACAGACCCAUUUUAUCCAUACGGUUAUGAAACUUGAGCUGGAGGAGAAAAGGCAAAAUAACGAUGAUGGGAAUGACAAACCCGAAACGUUGUGCGGUGAAAGACUGAACCCCUUUGGGUGCUCAGCUGUAGAAUCCAGUGAAGAUGAAGAAAGGACUGCUCCCACCACCACUACUGGCACCACCUCACCCACUGCCCCCUAUCAUUUCAACAUAGACUUGGAGCCGGCAAAUGAAAACAGUUGCAGCAGUGACACAACGGACAGCUCCUCCUCCUCUGGUCAGAGUGAAAGCUCUGAAGGUCCAUUUGAACUUGCUUCAUCUGAUAAGUCGCAGUCAGAUUUUGAGGAAGAUUAUCUCGCUAGGAUUCUUCAUUUCAACGACUCUGAGUAUGAGGAGAACAGCAGCGACUGCCAGGACAACUUAAGCUUCUUUCAUAGCACAGAUUUUUUCUGUGAUAAGGUUUACGAAUCUCUCUACAGCUCAGAGAAAUCAGCGAACGGAUUGUACGCCAACUCCCUAUCGAACAUUUCAAAAUGCGUCGAUGAAAAUGCCAACCAAGGUGCGGAUUGCUUUACUGACAAUGAGGUAUCUGUGACCAUCUCUACUGAUUCUACCAUGGCACCGGGAGAGCCACUCUUAAAAAACUAUAUGGAUAUCAGCCUCUCCUCUGAAAACUUUGAGAUUCCAGAUGAAACGGAGUACAAUUUUGGACCCCUUUACAAUUCAUUGAAUGAAUAUGAGAACUUGUGUUCUCAGCAGUGUCUGGUGACACUUCUUCCCGGAUUUACCCCAGCUACGGACCCAACCGCGAGCUUCUUAGAAUCUUUAAUUAGCUCUACAGAGCCCUGUGGUGACAAUCAAUAUUUAGAUGAUGCCUUAAAAUCACCAUCUCCUUUUGAAUCCCUCAUUGCAUAAUCGGGGCCGGAAUCCAAGCUGAGGAUACUUUGUAGGAACAGUGAAUAAAAUAAGGAAUGUUUCUAUGUUGAUUUUACAUAGAUAACUAUAUUUUGGUCUUUUUAUGGGGGGGGGGGAUAAACGCCUAUUUUGGAACUGUCAUUUCCACCAGUUUACCUUCCAUCGGUUUGAACAAAUUUUUAUUUUAUUAUUUUUUUUGUAAAGACUUGUACAUAUUUUGGGGAGGGGGGAAUUCUUAUGUUUGUGAACCUGUGAAAAGCUAUUCUUUUAUGAAUGAGUAUACAGGGAUUCCCCUGUAAACCUCGUUCAAUGCUUUUUAAGAUGAACUCUAUUCCUGUAUUUAUUGUAAAAAGAGAAAUAUUUGCGGAGGGAGCGUGCACUACUCGGGUUUACAGAAAGGAAAAAAAAAAAUGGAGGAAAAAAAAACCGCAUACUUUAUACAGAGCUGUUUUUAUUUAUUGCAAAUUCCAGGAAUGAGACUGAAGCUUGAACUAGCAUGAGUUUUAUUUAAAUUGGAAAUACCUCAGAUGUAUUAUGAGUACAAUCAUAUUUUUCCAUAAUAUAUCUGCAUUAUUUAUAGAACUAUUUUAAUUUUAUUUUUCUUUUUUUCUGUACAAUAAGUUAAAGGUUCAUUCAUUUUCUUCCCCCUUUUGUGCAAUAUUACAGCAGCAGUCUCCAUUAAUUCAAUAUGCCACUGGUAUUAUCAAAAAGCACAAGGACGUUACUGGGAAGAACAGCAAUUUUUGUAUCCCUCUUCCCCCCCACCGUCUCUGUGCUCCAUUUACAAGCCAUAAUUUUGAGUUCAAUUAUUUAAUCUUUCUGUAAGUUAUUUUGUAUUUAUUUGAUCUAUCUAGGGAUUUGGCCAUAAGAUUCCCAUCAGCUGAAAUUGCGCUCCCCCACCCCCUUAGUUUGGGCACGCCCAUCAGCUGAACAUGGUGCGGUUGCAAUAGACAUGGCGCUACGUAGAGCCACAUCUGCACGAGCAAAGAGAAAUUCCUUUUUCCAUCCGCUUAUUUUUAAGCCUCGAUGGGUCAGUUCUAUCUCCUUCCAUAAAGGAUGGUCCCGACUAUUUAUAUCAAAUUCCUUUUUAAUUUUAAUGAAAGUUAUGUAUAUGUAAAAGAUUAUUUAUUGCUUUACAACAUUUAAAACAACGUGAAUAUCUUUCUGAAUUUCUUUUCUUCCAUCCACAUGUAUUUAAGUGAGAAGCGACACUAUUUAAGCUUUAAAAUGAAAUGCAGAUAUUUAAUUGAGUGUUUAAUGAAAAGGAACAUUUUUAUGGUGCCUAAUAAGAUAUAAAAUUAUGUUUUAUAUAUCUAUUUUUUUUUGUUUUUCUUUUGUUAAAUUAUAAAACCUUCUUAAUGCCAGAGACAAGACCAUUAUAUACUUUUUUGAGCUGCUCUACCAAAAGGUUAACUAGUACCUUUAUGAAGAAAGUAUUGACCUUUUCAGUACCAGCCUACUACUAUACCCGUCCUCUCUGAAAAGAACCAGGUCAUCAUUACACUGUUAUUUAUGAAGAUUGCUGUUUUUCUGUGUGUGACCUAAUUGGCUACUGUGAAAAGUGUCCAGUCUUUGCAAAUGACACAUUUUGGCAAGGCGGCUAUGUACGUACUCUAGCCGGAUGUCUUUGCAAGGGACUGCCAGCUCCUAGCUCUGCUUGAAUAUGAUGUCCGCUCCUGAAUACAUAUAGGAUGGAGAUGGCGUUGUUCAGGCAACGGGGAUUUGGUCAUGGGGCAUGGCCGCCCCUUAGUUCCUGAAAUGCUUAGACGGGCAAAGAAGUGCAAAUGCUGUCUCCCUUGCCAGUCCAUCCUGCGGUCCAAGCUUUGUGCCAAAGGUAUACAAUACAUGUCGUAAGAUUUAUUUAAUGGCUGGAGUUAAUGUGCCAUAAGACGGCGGCCUUCGUUAGACCCGUGUCCAGUGAAAGCGGAUCUGGUGGCCAGUUGUUGGGGCACAUUUACCUGGUGCAUUAAAUAGGCUUCAAGGUGUCAUUUUGGUGCAAUCCAAUAGAAUUUACACGUAAUCCUCAUUCUAGCGAUACACACAAGUGCCUUUGCCAGCACUACUUUUGUAUGCCGGUGUUAUUAUUGUACCCAUAUGUCUUUUAAUGUGCAUCUAGUAGUCGUGUGCAUCCUCUGAUCACUACAGCAAUACUCGCUUGCUGGAAGGAACAUUCUGCCUUGCUUCAGAUUCCCUCAUUUGUGGCUGAUCCCACAAAUAUGGUUUAGUUUGUGGUAACUUUCUGAAAUAUGGAGUUGUCUCCUAUUUAAAUACAUGAAUUGUAUACUAGGUUAACAAUGAUCUGCGUGCCUGAAGUCAAGCUGUACCUAUAUGUGAUGGUACCAAAGUAGAAGCAGCUGUUUUGGAAGCUGAAGAUGUUUUGCAAAUGUACCCGUCCAUUAAUUCCUUAGGGCUUUUUUAAUUUUUUUUUAAAGUUUUAGUAGAUCCUGUAUUUCCUUGUAUACUAAUGUAGGCCGAAAGAAGCGUUCCUGAAGAUUUUUUUUAUUUAUUUUUUUCCCUUUAGGAAAAUCGGACCUAAGAUCCAUCCACGUAGACAAAACACGCAUAGCAUGCUUUCAUGCUUUCCCAACUAUAUGAUCAUUUGCAUAGUUCAGAAAACAAAAUGGCUACCUACUAUAAUGUGUUAGAGACAAGGCCUGUUAGGACAUAGUAGCUAGAAUAGAGAGGAUCAUCUGACCACCAUGUAAUGCUGCGUUACAGUAUAUUACUCACAACCCCAGGCAAACAGAUAAUAUUGCCAGAGUAGUUUCGGGAAGCCAACUAUUUCCCCUGCAGGUGAAAUGCCUGGCUUGUCCGCAGCAGUAUCAGCAGUUUUUGCCUGGGGUGAGCCAAAUUUCCAAAUUUGCAAGGGUGUUGUCUCUGCAACAACCCCUUUGAAAGGGUACGUAACCUGUUCUUCACCCCUGCAGCCCCUCUGAAUUGAGCCUCAGAGCAUUUCUUGCUUUGCGUACCGGGCUUCUGCUAGGCAGAGGCUUCCGUCUAGCAGUGAGCUCGGUGACAUCACUGGCACUAAAUGGCAGUCUUCAGCGCUGCCCUAGCCCGUAAAACAUGCUAGGGCAGCACUAAAGACUGCCCAUUAGUGCCAGUGAUGUCACAGGGAACACUGCUAGGCAAAACAUAAGCAGACAGGGCAAGGGUAACGCUCUGAUGCUCAACUCGGGGCCGGAGAGGUAAAGAAUGGGCUAUGCCGGGAGUUCAGCUCUGAACCUGGACCACCCCUUUAACUGUGGCUUCCCAUUCUUAGUAUAUUGCUGGUAAAUAUGCCAUCGGCUACCAAGCCAAUCUAGAAGAAUAGACCUAUAGGGACAUAACUUGGAAUGGCCCAUCUCAUUCCCACCGCUGUUCUUAGCAUUCCCUCUGAAUAGACUCUACUGGUUGCGGAAGAAAUUCUGCAGGCUGUGAGGGUUUUGUCUCUGAAAUGCUGGCAAUACUCUGGUACUCCUAUUUAUUGGCACUAAUACCAUGUUACAACAUUCCUGGGUUACUUUUUGUAACAGAUAGAAAUAUAUAUUAAUUUAAGGUAAAUUAAAUAUUCUGCCUUCAUAACUUUUGUGCAUUUAAUUUAUUUGUUUGUGCCAAAAAAAACUAAAAACUUCAUAUUGUAUUUAGUUUCCUUGUGUCUCAUGCCUGGGUAUUUAUUGACACGGCUUGUAACUAUCUUUAUGGAACCUCUCACAAUUGCUAGACUUUUUGCCAUUUUUGUAAAUAUCGUCUUUUUUUAACACUUUUUAGUUUUUUUUUUUUUUUUUUUUUUUAAGCAAAGAAUUUCUGCAACUGCUGUCUGUCAUUUCAUGAAAGCAAUAUGAAGAAAAUAUCCAUUACACUUUAAAUAAAAAUCUAAAAAUGA